UUCCCGCGAAGGAGAAGCGCGCGUUUUUCUCUGCCUGGGCGCUUGGCCGGGAGACUGGGACCGGGGAGCGGCGAGUGAGGAUUUAGCGUGCGGCAUUGCGGGCACUGUGAGGAGGGCACCCCGUUCCGGAGUGUGUGUCCAGCCAUGCCGGCGCAACGCCCCGCGAACCGCGGCGGGCCCCUAGCUCCAGAUGUGGUUGAACAGCCGGACACUGCCGUGAUUACCCCAGCCAUGCUAGAGGAGGAAGAACAGCUUGAGGCUGCUGGGCUAGAGAGAGAGCGGAAGAUGCUAGAAAAGGCUCGCAUGUCUUGGGAUAGAGAGUCCAUGGACAUUCGAUAUCGUAGACUUCAACAUUUGCUUGAAAAAAGCAAUAUUUACUCCAAAUUUUUAUUGACUAAAAUGGAACAGCAGCAGUUAGAGGAGCAAAAGAAGAAAGAGAAACUGGAGAGAAAAAAGGAAUCUUUGAAAGUUACGAAGGAUAAAAAUUCCAUUGAUGCACGUGAGGAGAAUGCAGUCAUGAAAAAGAAGAGAGGAAGAGAAGAUGAAUCAUACAAUAUUUCAGAGGUCAUGUCAAAAGAGGAAAUUUUGUCUGUGGCCAAGAAAAAUAAAAAGGAGAAUGAGGAUGAGAGCUCCUCUUCUAAUAUGUGUGUAGAAGAUCUUCAGAAAAAUAAAGAUUCAAAUAGUAAAAUUAAAGAUAGAUUAUCUCAAACGGUUAGGCAAAACACGAAAUUCUUUUUUGACCCCGUUCGGAAAUGUAAUGGACAGCCAGUACCCUUUCAGCAACCAAAACACUUCACAGGAGGAGUGAUGCGGUGGUACCAAGUGGAAGGCAUGGAAUGGCUUAGGAUGCUUUGGGAAAACGGAAUUAACGGUAUUUUAGCAGAUGAAAUGGGAUUGGGGAAGACAGUUCAGUGCAUUGCUACAAUUGCAUUGAUGAUUCAGAGAGGUGUGCCUGGACCUUUUCUCGUCUGUGGCCCUUUGUCUACACUUCCUAACUGGAUGGCUGAAUUCAAAAGAUUUACACCAGAAAUUCCUACUAUGUUAUAUCAUGGGACCCAGCAAGAGCGUCGAAUAUUGGUAAAGCAUAUUCAUGAACGGAAAGGGACACUACAGAUCCAUCCUGUGGUGAUCACUUCAUUUGAGAUAGCCAUGAGAGACCGAAGUACAUUGCAGAAUUGCUAUUGGAAAUACUUAAUAGUAGAUGAAGGACACAGAAUUAAGAACAUGAAGUGCCGCCUAAUUAGGGAGUUAAAACGAUUCAAUGCGGAUAACAAACUUCUUUUGACUGGUACUCCUUUGCAGAACAAUUUAUCAGAGCUUUGGUCAUUGCUAAACUUUUUGCUGCCAGAUGUAUUUGAUGACUUGAAAAGCUUUGAAUCUUGGUUUGAUAUCACUAGUCUUUCUGAAACUGCUGAAGAUAUUAUUGCUAAAGAGAGAGAACAGAAUGUAUUGCAUAUGCUGCAUCAGAUUUUAACACCUUUCUUACUGAGAAGACUAAAAUCUGAUGUUGCCCUUGAAGUUCCUCCUAAACGAGAAGUAGUUGUUUAUGCACCACUUUCAAAGAAACAAGAGAUCUUUUACACAGCCAUUGUGAACCGUACAAUUGCAAACAUGUUUGGAUCCAGUGAGAAAGAAACAGUUGAGCUGAGUCCCACUGGACGACCAAAACGCCGAACUAGAAAGUCAGUAGAUUACAGCAAAAUAGAUGAUUUCCCUAAUGAAUUAGAAAAACUGAUCAGCCAGAUACAGCCAGAGGUAGACCGAGAAAGAACUAUUGUGGAAACAGGUGUCCCUAUAGAAUCUGAAGUUAAUCUGAAGUUGCAGAAUAUAAUGAUGCUACUUCGAAAAUGCUGUAACCAUCCAUAUUUGAUUGAGUACCCUAUAGAUCCAGUUACACAAGAGUUUAAGAUUGAUGAAGAGCUGGUAACAAAUUCUGGCAAAUUCUUAAUUUUGGAUCGAAUGCUGCCAGAACUAAAAACCAGAGGUCACAAGGUGCUGCUUUUUUCACAAAUGACAAGAAUGUUGGACAUUUUGAUGGAUUACUGUCACUUUAGAAAUUUCAACUUUAGCAGGCUUGAUGGAUCCAUGUCAUAUUCAGAGAGAGAAAAAAAUAUACACAGCUUCAACACAGAUCCAGAUGUGUUUAUCUUUUUAGUGAGUACCCGAGCUGGUGGCCUGGGCAUUAAUUUGACUGCAGCAGAUACUGUUAUCAUUUAUGAUAGUGAUUGGAACCCCCAGUCUGAUCUUCAGGCCCAGGAUAGAUGUCAUAGAAUUGGUCAGACAAGGCCAGUUGUUGUAUAUCGUCUUGUUACAGCAAAUACUAUUGAUCAGAAAAUUGUGGAAAGAGCAGCUGCUAAAAGAAAACUGGAAAAAUUGAUCAUCCACAAAAAUCAUUUCAAAGGUGGUCAGUCUGGAUUAAAUCAAUCUAAGAACUUUUUAGACCCCAAGGAAUUAAUGGAAUUAUUAAAAUCAAGAGAUUAUGAAAGGGAAGUAAAAGGAUCAAGAGAGAAAGUCAUUAGUGAUAAAGAUCUGGAGUUGCUGUUAGAUCGAAGUGAUCUUCUUGAUCAAAUGAAUGCCUCAGGACCGGUUAAAGAGAAGAUGGGGAUUUUCAAGAUACUAGAAAAUUCUGAAGAUUCUAGUUCUGAAUGUUUGUUUUAAAUUGGAGCUACAAGAAUGUCUUCAAAAAGUUCUUGUUCACAUCUAGUGAUCUGUAUUGGUGUUAAAAUCCACAUUUUUCACUCUACUUUGAUUAUAUCAGUUUAUAUAAUAUAACUGUACCAUUGCAUAAUUUUUGAACCUUAUCAAGAGCAAAUACAUAUAUUAAGAGUAAAUUUAGAUUUUCAGUUAAUUUUUCAGGUUCGGUAGUACUCUUGGGUACAGGUUGAUGUGUGCUUAACCACUGCCAGAUUUAUACAGUCUUCCUGUGGAAGUUUAAUGUUUUUCCCCCACCCACCUUUUUAGCAGUACAGGUCAUGGGUUUUUGGUACUUCAGUUAUGGAGUAGACUUUGGAUGGGGGAAAGACUGGGAUGAUACUGUGCAUUGUUUAAAUAAGAAACAGUUUGAUUUUUAGGGUCUAUUUCUAUAAAAUGGUUUGCCAAAUAAAUAUUUGUUAUAAGAUGA